CGAGAAUUUAAGAGCUGAUACAUCUGCUGUUGCUGCGGACUCCGCUUGAUCUUGACGGCUACGGGUAGGUGGGGUAGCAGAGACCCGAGUCCAAUUUUUUUGAAUAUACAUUCCCUUUUCCCGUGAGCGAGCGAUUCAAAGACACUCAAAAUUCGCGAAAACCCAACACAUUUCACCAUUUCGAUUUCCCCCAGAAACCCAAGGAAAAAUCACUCUCCAAUUUCUCCUAAUAUUGGGCAAUCACAAUCCGCUUGCUUUUUCAGGACACUGAUUUUGUAGAUUCUCUCUCUCUCUCUCUCUCUCUCUGUUCUUCUCUGAUGGCUUCACUUCGCUUCUUCUUUCUGACCCUUUCUUCAAGAUAAUAGCCUGUAAGCGCUUCCUUGAGCUUAGAAGCUUCUGGGCUCUAAUGGGUCUAGGCAGACCUCACAAGGCCUCCAAUGGUUUCUCUCCCAGAUGGGUUUUUCUAUUCUGCAUUGCCAGCUUCUUUCUGGGUAUUUUCGUUGUCGACAGAUUCUGGGCUAUUCCUGAUCCAGUCAAAACAGAUGAGGAGUCAUCUUUGGAUAAAGUCCAAUCAAAAACUUCACAGCCCAUUGUUAAUUGUGAGAAGAAGGAAGUUUCCCUGCAGGCAGACAUUCUUUCUCAAGUAUCACAGACCCAUGAUGUCAUCAUGACAUUAGACAAAACAAUCUCAUCAUUGGAGGUACAGCUAGCUGCAGCUAGAGCUUCUAAAGCAGAUAAUGAUGAAGGGUCUCCUAUGGUUACAAAGCCCGCGACCCAGACUUUGAAGGAGCGGCCAAAGGUUUUCUUUGUUAUGGGAAUUAUUACAGCCUUCAGCAGCAGAAAGCGAAGAGACUCUAUUAGAGAAACAUGGAUGCCUCAAGGUGAAGAUUUAAGGAAGCUGGAGGUGGAGAAGGGAAUUAUUAUACGCUUUGUCAUCGGACACAGUGCAACUCCUGGUGGCGUAUUGGAUCGUGCAGUUGAUGCAGAGGAUGCACAACACAAAGAUUUCCUAAGACUGAACCACAUAGAAGGAUAUCAUGAACUGUCCUCAAAAACCCAAAUAUACUUUUCAACAGCAGUUGCUAAGUGGGAUGCAGAUUUCUUUAUCAAAGUUGAUGAUGAUGUUCACAUAAAUCUUGGUAUGGUCGGUUCUACCUUGGCCCGACAUAGAUCAAAACCGCGCGUUUAUAUUGGUUGCAUGAAGUCGGGGCCCGUCCUUGCUCAAAAAGGGGUCAAGUACCAUGAGCCUGAAUACUGGAAAUUUGGUGAGGAAGGCAACAAAUAUUUUAGGCAUGCAACUGGGCAAAUUUAUGCAAUCUCCAAAGAUUUGGCUACCUACAUUUCAGUUAAUAGGCCCAUACUUCAUAGAUAUGCAAAUGAAGAUGUUUCUCUGGGUUCAUGGUUCAUUGGUCUUGAUGUGGAACACAUUGAUGAUAGGAGCCUCUGCUGUGGCACUCCACUUGACUGUGAGUGGAAGGCUGAAGCUGGGAAUCCUUGUGCUGCAUCAUUUGAUUGGAGUUGCAGUGGCAUUUGCAAAUCAGUGGAGAGAAUGGAGGAGGUUCACCAGAAGUGUGGGGAAGGUGAGGAAGCUAUAUGGCACACCAGUUUCUAGAAACCCUUUCAAUUCCUUUUCUUAUUUUUCUUUUUUUCUUUUUGGUCUCUGUAUAUUUGUAGAAUAUUUGUUUGUAAUUUAUCAACAAACACUAAGGCUCACAAACCCCAUCUGCCCAUUUUUUUGCUUAUUCAUUAUUAUUACAAGGCAGAGUGGCUGAUGAUCAUCAAUUUAAUGGAAAAAAGGAGACUUUUUUUUUUCCGUUUUCA